AUGGCAGUUUCAAGAACAAUAUCUCUCCGAUCAUGCUUCCGACUUGCGCGUACAGCAGUCGCGCGACCGAUCCAUCAAACUACUCGGCGACAAUAUGCAAGCGGCCAACACGCACAGCCAAACACUGGCAGUGAUGCUAUGUGGGCUGCCGGAGCUGUAUUAGUAACAAUUCCUUCUUGUUGGUAUCUCUUAUCCAAUAAAUCAAAAACUUCAGAUCAUAAUCAUCAUGAUGAAGAAACUGAGGUGAUAACGAGUGAAGAGGAAAUAGAAAAAGAUGUUGAUUCCGAAUCUGAAUCUGCUGAAGAGGAGUCUAGAGAAGCGCAUGAAUCAGGGAUAGAAGCCGACAAGCCUGAAAGCAUUGGGACUGAAAAGCCAAACCAAGAAGAAGAUGACUAUGAUAGAAACACACAGACUCCAGCAAAAGUCAAUAAAGAUGAGAGAGAAGGAAUCAAAGAUAAGUCCAAUCCUCUCAUCGAUGAGGAAAAUUCCAGUUUAAAAAAUGAGACAGACGAUGAUACCUCUAAUUCAGGCGCCCAGGAAUCAAGCAACAUGAAUGAAACAUCUGAUUACAGCAAGAAAAAUGAGAAUCAGCUCGCUGAAUCUGAACCAAAAAGCGCUGAUAACUCUGAUUAA